AUGAAAGGUGUUGGGAAGGAGAUGGCCAAAUACCUUGGCGAUUUCCAGUUUGGGGUAGGGAUUCCGUGUGGGGCAGAGGCCGUUCUUCAUAGUGCGAACAGGUUCCUUAAUGAGUACCACCAAGAUGGGUCUCUUGCUAUGCUUACUGUUGAUUUUUCGAACGCUUUUAAUUUGGUUGAUAGGACAGCCCUACUGUACGAGGUCAGGAAAAGGUGUCCUUCUAUUUCUACGUGGGUCGAUUUUUUAUAUGGUCAACCAGCUAGAUUAUAUGUGGGGGAUGAGUAUAUUUGGUCUUUUACUGGUGUUCAGCAGGGGGAUCCCUUGGGGCCCCUCCUUUUUGCCCUUGUUCUACACCCCCUUGUUCACCGAAUAAGGGAUCGCUGCAAACUUCUAUUUCACGCCUGGUACCUAGAUGACGGAACGCUUAUUGGAGAUGCCACCCAAGUGGCUAAUGCUUUAGAUAUCAUCAGAGCUGAGGGUCCUUCCUUAGGGCUUCAACUUAAUAUAAAGAAAACUGAAGUUUUUUGGCCAACCUGCAAUGGUGUAAAGGUUCAGGAGGGCUUAUUCCCUCAAGGGAUUGGGAGGCCGAUGCUAGGUGUGAAACUCCUGGGGGGUGCCGUUAGUCGUGAUGCAUAG